GCGUUUCUUUGAGCUUCAGACUGGGUGUACUAGAAUGUGUACAGGAACUACGUUAUGUCUGCAGCUCAUAUGGAUGUUCUGAGGCACUGGGCAGAGAUGAGCUAAGUAGCAGGCACUCACACAUCGACACCGGAGUCUGCCAAGGGAAAGGUAAAUGUCGAAAGCAGACUAAAACGGUACGAAUCCCCUUUUUUCUUAAUCGCAACGGUUUUCUAGAAUACUAGCGGAGCUCUCCGGAAACCGUCCAUGGUCUAUUUAAGAAAAAUAAGGCUUCCAAUUAGACAGGAGAUUUAGCGCUUCCGAUUGCGUCUCUAAUAGCGAAGUGUCUGGCGCUUACCGGCAGCCUGCUGAGAUGUGUGGAUUGGAGCUGCUGCUUGGGGUGCUGUACCUGCUUGGGCUCACGUGUGGCCAGAACGAAACGGAACCGAUCCUGCUGGAAGGCAAGUGCCUUGUAGUUUGUGACUCCAACCCGAUGGCUGACCCCACUGGUACAGCGCUGGGCAUUUCGGUUCGCUCUGGCAGUGCCAAGGUGGCAUUUUCUGCUAUUAGAAGCACCCAUCAUGAGCCGUCGGAGAUGAGUAACCGGACCAUGAUCAUCUAUUUCGACCAGACCUUGGUUAAUAUUGGAAGCAGUUUUGACUCAGAACGAAGCACUUUUAUAUCACCCAGGAAGGGGAUUUACAGUUUUAAUUUCCACGUGGUGAAAGUAUAUAACCGGCAAACCAUUCAGGUUAGUUUAAUGUUAAAUGAUUGGCCUGUGAUUUCAGCUUUUGCUGGUGAUCAGGAUGUGACAAGAGAGGCAGCCAGCAAUGGAGUUCUUAUUCAAAUGGAGAAAGGGGACAAAGCUUACCUAAAACUUGAGAAAGGAAAUUUAAUGGGUGGUUGGAAGUUUUCCACCUUUUCUGGAUUCCUUGUGUUCCCUCUUUAAACUGACAUUAUUCCACAGAAGCAAGAGACAUGGAACAUAAACAAAUGUCUGUUUCACCAACAAACCUGCUCUGAGAGACAUGAACAAGACUCUUGUAUACAUGAAAUAUAAACACCCUGCAUAUAUAAAUGUGUGUGAACCUGCUUUGGAAACUUUAUAUUAUAAUAAAAGACAAGAAACUGGUGAGAUCAAC